GCCCCCCUGGCCGCCCAGGCGCCCCUUCAGAGCCCCGCGCGCUGGCGCGGCCCGGCCUGCGCCAUCGUACCCGCUCCCGUCCGGGAGGAGGUGCGGCCCGACGCGAACGGACUCGCCGGAGCGGGCCUGGAGGCGCGAAAGUGCCCGGCGGAGUACCCUCGGGAGGUAGAUGAUGCCUCGACUCCCCGGCCGCGCGGGGCUCCUCCUCGGCGUGGUGCUGCUGACGGCGCUGCCGGCCGCGGGGCGAGGGCUCCCCCUGAGGAAGCCGCGGGGCCCUGCGCCCCGGCCCGGGAGUCACGCGAGGCUGGCGGAGGUCUUGGCCUCCCCAGAUCCCAGCUCUCCUGGAGAAGAGGGGGCACCUCUGUUCUCCAGAGCCCGCCUCCAGGCAGGGCCACACCGACAUAGGCGCCGGGCCCUCAGAGAGCCAGCAGCCCUGAUCCUGGACCAGACUUCCUUGCCUGGGACCCUGGAGGAUGCUCCCUUGCUGCUGGAGCUGCAGAAGCUGCCAGGAUUGGCCAACACAGACUUGAGUGCCCCGAACCCCAACAUCCAGGUGACCAUCGAGGUGGUGGAGGACCCCCAGGCUGAGGUGGAGAUGGACCUGAUGGCCGAGCCCAGCAAUCGCUGGCCCCAGGGCGCCCCCAACUGGCUGCCCACCAAGGAACUCUUCUGGCCCCUAUUCUGGGGCUACCUGGAGGGCGAGGAGGGGAGGAUCAAUGUCAAGGGCAGAGCGCCAGGGGAAGAGGAGGAAGUGGAGGAGGAGGGUUACCCUCCAGAGUACAGUGAGACUGAGGACCAGGAGGACGACGAUGAGGAAGACGACGAUGACAAGGAGCCUGGGUUCAGUGGGGCCACAGGAGGCCUGGAGCAGGGCUGGCUGUCCCCUGGGGACUGGGCCUUCAAGGAGCCAGACAGCUAUGAUGUGGACAGCUGUGAGAAGUGGCUGAACUGCAAGAGUGACUUCCUAGCCAAGUACCUGAGCCAGGAGCUGCGGGACUUGCCCAGCUGCCCGUGCGCCUACCCGCUGGAGGUCGCGUACAGGGCCGUGAGCCUGCGGGACGAGCGGCAGGGCCGCAGCUUCCGGUGGAGGGACGCCAGCGGCCCGCGGGAGCGCCUGGAUGUGUACCAGCCCACGGCCCGCUUCUGCCUGCGCUCUCUGCUGUCGCCGCAGAGCAGCACGCUGGCCUCCCAGCUCUGCUGCUACGACGCGGGCAGCCAGCUGCUGACCCGGGGCAAGGGUGCGGCCGCGCCCGACCUCGUCAGCACCGACUUCUCGCUUGAGCUGCACUUCAAGGUGGACACGCUGCCCUGGCUCCUGUGUAAGGGGGACUGGAGCCGCUACCACGCCGUGCGGCCCCCCAACAAUGGCCGGGCCUGCGCGGACAACCCUCUCGAGGAGGAGUACCUGGCCCAGCUGCAGGAGGCCAAGGAGUACUAGUGGGCGGGGGGCGGCUGUGCUCCAGAACUUUCCUUGCAGCCCCCUCACCCUGCCUCUGCCCAGGUCUGGUGAGGCCAGGCUGGUGCCCCGAGCCCUCUGCCUUUGAACCUGAGGCAGGGAGGUGAGCAGCCCGGCUGCCGCCCUGGGGAAGGGAAGAAGGCUGAGAUGGGUAUAGGGCCCAGGCUGAGAGGAGGAGCCUGCCCCCAAGGCCCCCCAGGGUGCUGGGAAAUGUGUGUAUGUGGGGGCCUCUCUCCUGCCCGCUAGGAGGCGCUGUCCCAGCCUGGCCACCCAUUUUCCUUCCUCUCCUCCAAGCCGGGCCCUUCUGCCCUGGCUCUGUGUGCAGCUGCGAGCGGGGCUCUCCACUCAUACCCGGAUCGAUCAGGCCGAGCAGUGAGUCACUCAGACCCCGAGCCCUGAGGGUCAGUCCUUUCAUCCCGCCCACAGCUGCCCUGGGCCCUGGCCCUCUUGCCCCAUCCCCUGCUGGGAAGGUUCUCCUCAGCUCCCAGCUGCCUUCCGUGGACCCUAGUUGAAGGCAAUGUGUGGGGCCGUAAGUGGAGGGAGGUGCUGAGGCAGCCAAGACAUGGCAGGAUCCAGGUGGGAGCGGUCAACGACUUCUGGUCCCUUUCUUUCAGACCUCUGUUCUGUCCAGGUUGAAGGUGUGUCGGGGCUGGGAGAUGGCACACUCCUGAAUGGGCACAGCAGUCAAGCUUGGGGUAGCUCAGGACCCGCCCAGGAGGAUGUUAUGUGCAGGCUGAUUAGGUAGAUCAUUUCUCCAGGCCAUGGGGAGAGGAGGGGCAGCCCCGGUUUGUAGCAUUUGGGCAAUUUCUGUGGUGUAAACAUUCCCACUGGGGCCCACUUCAAGCUCCCAAGGUGAUGUCAUUGAAUGCACUGAGCUCAGAGAUGCAGGGGAUCAGCUCUCGCGCCUCUUGCCUCUUUCCUGCCUCCCCUCCCUCCCCCACCCCAACACUUCCUUGCUGAGGUCUCUGUUCACCAAAGCCUCCAAAAGGUAGGGGACUUCAGUCUUGGCCCCUAGACAGCUGACCUGAAGCUCUCUGGGAGCCUUGGCAAUAAAGCACUUUAUUUUCAAA